GACUCUUUCUUGUACCCGGCAAGGCAGACGACCUCUUUUCUCUUUAACAUUCGAUUUUUGAUGUCUGGGUUGUUGUCUUAAAGAAUGGCCGAUGUAAUGUUGCACCCAACAGUUGGAACCCUCCAGCUUCUUAGCAGUUCUGGAAUUCAUAGCGAAGUUGGGAACAAUUCAGUGAGUUUGCUUCCCAAAGAUCUUAAGGUGGAAGUCGGGUUCUCAAAGAGAGGAGUCAAUAGUUUCGGAGUGAAGAAAUUCAGUGUUAUUCAAGCCUCAGCUUCUCAAACCUCUGUUUUUGAUCCUGUUUUAUCUCCCUCUAAUGAAAGCACACAUGAAUCUCUCAGGAAAACAAAUGAAGCAGCUUUAAUACUGAUUCUCCAUGGGGAGUCGUUAUGGAAUGAGAAGAACCUGUUUACGGGUUGUGUUGAUGUACCUUUAACCAAGAAGGGAGUGGAGGAGGCAAUUGAAGCUGGAAAGAGAAUCAGCAACAUACCUGUGGACAUGAUAUUUACGUCAGCACUAAUUCAUGCACAUAUGACUGCUAUGCUAGCCAUGACACAGCACCGCCACAAUAAGGUGCCUAUUACCAUGCAUAAUGAGAAUGAGCAAGCUAGGUUAUGGAGUCAGAUACACAGUGAAGACACCGUAAAACAAUCAAUUCCAGUUAUUUGCAUUUAUCGUUUACGUACUUAGGUUGGCUCAGUACAGGCAGAAACUAGAUGAAUUGUUCCAUUGACAUUUCUUUUUCCAAAUAUAG